UCAGGACGAGAGCAGAACCGACACUUCUACUGCCCUAGUUCCAGUGGAGCAGCCAUGCUCAUGUAUGACUAUCCAGUGAAGGCAGACAGGGAGACGGGUUACUCAUCCUUCAUGAAGUCUCAGGCUGAAGCGUACAGCGCCAUGUUCUCCAUUGGUCCCCCCUCUCUGUACUACGACGGUCUUCGCUACCCUUCCCACUAUCCUUGCUAUCACAGCCCCGCCCACUCGCACACUGCUCCUGACGGCCCCUACGCCCCCACACACGCACAGCUGGAGCCUGUGGACCUAUCGCUCAGCAAGAAAUCCUCACCACCGCCGCUGUCCUCUUCCCCCUCACUGUCAUCUUCCUCCUCCUCCUCCUCCUCCUCCAGAGCCACGCCCCCAUCCCCGGACGAGCACAUCAGCUACUCUGACUCCGCCUCCAUGACUGGAUCUCCCUCCAGGUCGCCCCAGCUGUCGACUCCGUCCAUGGCGCUGUCCUUCCCCACCUUGGUGACUCCAUUGGUUCCAGCUCCUGGUUCAGGUCUCAUCCCCGUUCUGCCCAGCGUGAUCCUGCCCUCCAUGCCCCUGCUGUACCCGCCCCACGUCCUGCCUGCCCCCAUCAUGCUCUUCCCCACCAAGCCUGAGGAUCACAAGGGCGGAGCCACCUCUCUCAAACCCGACGGCGUCCAGGACCAGCAGCCAAUCAAAUCCGAGGCUCACAGUGAGACUCCGCCCAGCACAUACAGGCAGGAAAUUCCGUCACCCCCCAUGGCAAGCUAUAACGAGGUGAACACACACUCGGUGAUUGUACACACCCCUAAAGUGGAGUCUCCUGACCCGUUGAAGAAGCGACGCAUCCAUCGCUGUGAUUUUGGAGGCUGCAACAAAGUGUACACGAAGAGCUCACACCUCAAAGCCCACAGACGCACACACACAGGAGAGAAGCCGUAUAAGUGCUCGUGGGAAGGCUGCACGUGGAAGUUUGCGCGUUCAGAUGAGCUGACACGUCAUUACCGCAAACACACCGGCUUGAAGCCGUUCAAGUGCUCCGAUUGCGACCGCAGCUUCUCGCGCUCCGAUCACCUCGCCCUGCACAAGAAGCGCCACCUGCUGGUGUGACCUUGAAAUGCAGUGCCGAUUCAACGAGUGUACCUUUAACACGGACUGCGCUGUUAUUAACCAGGUGUAAGGGUGUUCCGUACGCACAGUCACAAGGAAACAGCACGGGCAUACUGAGUGAAACGGCACGGAGACAACUUCCUGUCACCAGCGGGUAGAACGAUUUUUGCAAAAAUAUCACAUUGCGAUAUGUGAAGCCAUAUCAUAUCGUCGUAUUACCCAGCCUGAUUUUCAGUCCCACCCUUUACUGGAUGCUUCCAGAGUACUUCUUUAUCUAUCUCUCUCUCUCUCUCUCUCUCUCUCUCUCUUCAGGUCUCUCAUUUGCCUUCACAUGCAAACUCACACAAUUCUGUCAGGCGCCCUCUGCUGGUCAAAGGGUUUAUUGCGCUACCACAUACACCCACAACUCACCCAGGUCAAUCCUGAAGAAUGUGAAUUCUUUAUAUAUAUCUAUGUAUAAAAGUCAGGCAGGUUUUACUCAGUUUAUUUUAUGCUUUUCAUGUUUGUUUGGGUUCGUGUAACAACAUUAGUCUGAUAUUUCCUGGACUAUAAGACACAUUUUUCCUCUCUUGUCACGUGAUAAGACGUUUUGCAUUAAUCACACAGCUUCUACAGUAGUUGUGCUACUCAUUUACGGUUUACUUUUACAUUUAUCAUCAGCUUCCAACUGAUGUAAUGCUGGAAAUCCUUACCACGGCGCUAGUGGAAAUAAAUUAUGAUUAAUUACAAAGUGACUUUUGCAUAAAUAUAUAGCGUUCCUGGAUCGUCUGGCAAACCUAAAAACGCACUUAACGUGAAUAUUCCGGUCAUGGAAAACGCUUAACAAAGAAGAAAAACGAUAAUGUCCGAAAAGCAUUGGUAAGGUCAUGGGAAAGUGUUAAAUUAGAAUAUGAAGCUACCAAACUCACGUAUUUUGGCUCACUUUCUCUGAAAAUAAGAUAAAACGCAUCCUAGUAUCAAACUUCCCACAUGUCCUGGGAAGACUGGAAAAUAAAACAUCUGGAAAAUGAGACGGAUAAAAUUUUGCAAAAA